AGGCGGCGUGGCGGUGCAGCGAGCUGCGGGGCAGGAGCCAUGGCAGGACAGGCAUUUCGGAAGUUUCUCCCGCUGUUUGACCGCGUGUUGGUUGAAAGGAGCGCCGCUGAAACUGUCACCAAAGGAGGCAUUAUGCUUCCAGAAAAAUCUCAAGGCAAAGUGCUGCAGGCAACUGUGGUCGCUGUGGGGUCCGGCUCCAAGGGGAAGGGUGGAGAGAUCCAACCAGUUAGUGUGAAAGUUGGAGAUAAAGUUCUUCUUCCAGAAUAUGGAGGCACCAAAGUAGUUCUAGACGACAAGGAUUAUUUCUUGUUUAGAGAUGGUGACAUUCUUGGAAAAUACGUAGAGUGAAGUAAAUCACUGUUGAAGUGGCGUCACACAAUGCUGCCCAUUCCACUGAAGUUCUGCGUCUUUCAUCAUGUACAUAAUUUCCAUGUCUCUUUUAUAAUAAACUGAUGAUAUCUAAACUAAUCACAUAUGUUCUCUAAACUUUAGUUUCACUGUACUGGUGUAAACACUUCCAAAUAAAAUAUGUAAAUGAGUGUUUAAUC